AUGGAUAACAUGCUAUGCGAUGAGCUGCUUCAAGAGAUCUUUGCUAGAAUACCCAAACCACCACAAUCAUCAUCGUCAUCAUCAGCUUCAGCAACAUCAAUUUCUUUAGUCUCUAAACGAUGGCUCCACCUGUAUCGUACCUCAAAAACCUCUCUUUCUCUCAGACUUAACCUUGAUGAUUCCACAAUUACCUCUCUGACGUCUCUCCUCUCUCACUACCCUUUUCUCUCCUCUCUAUCUCUCUUCCUAAUCUCCUCUGACCCCACCGUAACAACUGCCAGAACUACCGCUACAACUUUCAAUGAUCGUCUUCUCUAUAUAGUCUCCUCGUUUUGCUCCAGGCUUGAACACCUUAGGUCCUUGGCUGGUCCUGUCUCACAAUCUUCUCUCUUUGCUCUCUCUAAUUCUUGUACCCGUUUGAACUCUCUCACUAUCUCUCUCUCCAGGCCUCUCUAUUUUAACUGGGUUGUCCCUUUUAAUUGUUUAAAAGGCCUAUCUAUCUAUGUAUCUGGCUGUUAUGGAGUUUAUGAUUGCUUUAAAGAAUAUGGGUUCUGCUCAAAUGAAGAGCCUGAUGCUGAAUUGGGUAUAGAGAGUCUUUUGUUAUCAGGUGUUGGAGGAGAAGAUUAUGGUGUUGGUUGGUUAUGGAGGAGCUGCAAAAAGCUCAAGAAAUUGCAGCUAAAGAACUGUGAAGGUAUUGGUGAUGGAGGGUCCUUUUUGUCGUUUAUUAAGUGCCUGAAGGGUCUCCAAGAAGUGGAGAUAAGGGCCUGUAGGAGUAUAGUUACUGGUGUUUUGUUAAAAUUGGCAGAGAAUUGUAAUUCUUUGAUUUCUCUGUUGGUUUAUGAUGGUGGUAAUGCAGAGGGUUUGCAUAACUUUAUUAGCAACUGCAGGUGUGAUUUGCAAAAACUCGAUUUUCGAUUACCUUUAGACCUUAGGAACGAUCAUCUCUCAGCUAUUGGACUGAAUUUUAAGGGCCUCUCAACUCUUAGGCUUCAAAGUUGUUGUCUAGUAAGUGGCGAAGGGCUUAAGGUUCUUGGGAUUGCCUUGAGUUCGGGCCUUGAAGAAUUGGCAUUGAUCAAUUGUGAUGUUGUUGAAAGGGAAUCCGGAUUGCUUGCAACGUUAGGACAGCAUAUGAAGCGAUUAAGGAAACUGGACUUGUCUUUUAAUGAGUUUUUGGUUGAUAAGGAGUUAAUCUCGAUGCUAGUUUCUUGUAAUUGUUUGAUUGAAUUGAAUUUGAGACGGUGUAUUGGACUUACUACUGCGUCAAUGGUUUCUAUAUUUAAGAAUUGCAGGGAGUUGCAGAGUGUUGAUAUCAUGCAAUGUUAUGGGAUUGGGGCUGAGGCUGUUGAGCUAUUUGUCCUCAAUUCACAGCAAUUGAGACGUCUACAAGUGGAGGAAAACAAGAUUUCACAUGUUGCAAGGUCAUGGGCAUCGCAUAAAUUCAUUCAGGUUGUUUCUUAA